UAAACCACAUAGCAUGGAAAUGCAAACCAAAAGGAACGGUUUCCUUUUUUAAAUUUACUUGCUUUCUAAGUCACUACUAUUUAGCUGUGUUGCACACAACAAAGAAUUGAGUGACAUGGCUUCUAAUUAUGUUGCUGCUUUUCAACUUGUGUUAUUUUGCAUAUGUAUGGUUGUCGCAAAUUCGGUUGAGUUCAGCCACCCAGCUGUUUUCAACUUUGGUGAUUCAAAUUCAGAUACAGGUGAACUUGUUGCAGGGUUAGGCAUUCAACUCUCCCCACCUAAUGGACAAGAUUACUUCAAAACUCCAUCUGGGAGGUUCUGCAAUGGCCGUCUCAUUCUUGACUUCUUAAUGGAUGCAAUGGAUUUGCCAUUCUUAAAUCCCUAUUUGAAUUCAGUGGGUUUACCAAAUUUCCAUCAAGGAUGCAACUUUGCAGCAGCAGGUUCAACUAUCCUUCCAGCAACUGCAUCGUCGAUAAGUCCAUUUGGCUUUGGAGUUGAGGUAAAUCAGUUUCUGCUAUUCAGAGCUCAGGUUCUUAAAUUGCUUGCAGGCAAGAAAUUUGAUGAAUAUAUCCCAGCUGAAGAUUAUUUCCAGAAGGGGUUAUACAUUUUUGACAUAGGCCAGAAUGACCUUGCUGGUGCAUUUUAUUCAAAAAGCUUGGACCAGAUACUUUCAUCAAUUCCAACAAUUCUAUUGGAAUUUGAAACUGGAAUACAGAGACUAUAUGACCACGGUGCUAGGAAUUUUUGGAUACAUAACACGGGUCCACUCGGAUGCUUGGGUCAAAAUGUUGCCAAAUUUGGCACUAAUCAAUCAAAUCUUGAUGAAUUAGGAUGUGUUAGUUCACACAACCAAGCUGCUAAAACCUUUAAUCAACAAUUGCAAGCUUUCUGCAGCAAAUUGCAGGGCCAGUAUCUAGAUGUAAAUGUUACAUAUGUUGAUGUCUAUACCAUCAAAUUAGACCUCAUUGCAAACUACUCCAAACAUGGGUUUGAACAACCAAUUAUGGCUUGCUGUGGAUAUGGCGGUCCGCCAUUGAACUAUGACAGUCGUGUUUCUUGUGGAGUUACAAAGGUCUUGAAUGGGACCACAAUUACAGCAAAAGGUUGCAAAGAUAGUAGUGUGUAUGUAAACUGGGACGGGAUUCAUUACACCGAGGCUGCUAAUCAAUAUGUCGCAUCGCAAAUUCUAACUGGAAAUUAUUCCAACACUCAUUUGUCAGAAAAAAUGCCAUUCCUUCUCUAGCUCAAGUUCUAAUUCAGUCUAAUUAUUGUUUUAAUAAUUUUACUCUAUCUAUGCUAGUUUCAAAUAAAAUUUACCAAACAGUAGAAUAUUAGGAUGUUCUUGAUGAUUGUAAAUUCAUUUGGAAAUUGUUUGAGCAUAGCAUUUGGUAUAACAUUUUCCUUUUCUGUUUACUAAGUU